AUGGUGUCCCUGAAUGCCCGGUCAGCCCUCGUGGCACUGACCGUGGUGCUCUCCUCUCUUACCACACCAUCCGCCGCAGUCGACAUCGUCAAUCUUCGCCUUCGCAUCCUCCCCCUCGGCGACUCCAUCACCAAGGGAAGCGGCUCCAGCACCACCAACGGCUACAGAGGCCCUCUCCGAGACAAGCUCACCGAGUUUGGCGCCUCUGUGGACAUGAUCGGAACUCUUCGUAAUGGCAACAUGAAGGAUAAUAACCACGAGGGGCACAGCGGUGAGUAUCUCGGUGAUAUCAAGAAUUAUUGGCAAAAGCCCAUGCAAGCUCGUCCCAACGUCGUCCUCAUCCACGCCGGCACCAACAACAUGGACAAGGAGGUCGACCUCGACACAGCGCCCCAGCUCAUCACGGGCAUCAUCGACGGCAUCUUCAAUGCCGCCUCCGACGUGACCAUCCUCAUAGCCCCCGUCAUCUGGGCCAACGACGCCCGGAUGCAGCGCAACACGGAUGCGUUCAACGCAAAGUUGGCGCAGAUAGUCGUCCUCAAGCAGCAGGCUGGCAAGCACAUCCUCCUCACCCCUAUCCCAAUCUCCUCCACCGCCGACCUCAGUGACAAGAAGCAUCCCAACAACGCAGGCUAUGCUAAGUUCGCCGACGCCUGGUACCUGAACAUCAGGGAGGCUGUCAACCGUGGCUGGGUAAAGGACGCCGUCAAGGUCGACGCGAGCAAGAUCACAGGCGUCGGCCUCGGGCAAGGGGACAGCAGCGGAUCCUACGCUGGCUGCGACGGUGGUAACUGGUCGCGCAAGGGGAGGGUCUUUACUCCCAGCAAGGGACUGUCCUCCGGCGAGGUCGUCCGCUUCGCCGACCUCAACGGGGACGGCAAGGAUGACAUUGUCUUUGUGGACGGCAAAGGAAAGGCCCGCGCAUGGCUCAACGAGGGCCUCACCAGCUGGAAGUCACUUGGGGAGAUUGCGCCUGGCCUCGACGAAGACUUGUCGAAGUCUCGCAUCGAGUUCGCCGACGUCAACGGAGAUAAGAAGGACGAUUUCCUCGUCAUCUACGGGGGCGGCGCUGUGAAGGCCUACUUAAACAACGGUAAUCUUCCCAAGACGAGUGAUGAACGAAUCUGGAAGCAGGCCGUUGAAAUCUCUCCCGGCGUCGGCGAGCCUGGAAGCAAGGUUCAUUUUGCCGACCUCAACAGGGAUGGCUACGACGACUACCUAAUCAUCUACGAUGGCGGCGCCGUCAAGGCGUACCUUAACAACAAGAACAUCCCAAACAAGGACAAGGGGCGUUUCUGGCAAGAAGGGUACACGGUCGCCACCGGCGUCGGCGAGCCCGGCUCCAAGGUUCGAUUCGCAGACAUCACCGGCGACGGAGCCGCGGAGUAUCUCAUCCAAUACGACGGCGGCGCCGCCAAGGGUUAUCACAACACAGGUAACAUUCCUAACGCUGGCAAGCCUCGUAACUGGGUUGCGAUGGGCACGAUUGCCGGUGGCGUGGGCGACCAAGGCCCGGUGAGCUAUGCCGACCUUGACGGAGACGGCAAGGAGGACUACCUGGUCGUCCGUGGCGAUGGGAGCGUCGACGUCUGGAUCAAUUCGUGCGACUGGAAUCCUGGUGAGCCCAAUGUCAGCGACGGCGGUGCUGGCAAUCCCAAUAUCGGCCAGGGCGAUCCCAGUCAGGAUGAGGACGAGGACGAGGAUCAAGGGGAAGGCGAGGAUGGCCACAAGUGGGAUGUAACCGAGGGCGACCCUUUCGAUGAGCUGGACCCCGACAACGUCCCUGAGAUCUGCUCAGCCGGCAUCGUCACACCCGUGACCGGCAGAUACUUGUACGUGCCCUGCAGGAGGUUCGUUAAGACUUUCGGCGGCGACGAUUCCAAGAUCGAGGGCUGCUGCGUAGUGUAUACCGGCGAGACCAGGUGCAAGAAGUGGGCAAAGUCACUGGCCGACGAAGCGGUUGAUUCCAUCGCCGUCAUGGACAGGCAGGCUACCAAAGACGGUGCAACAAAGUCCACCAGCAAGGACAAUUGGCACGCCAGCUUCCUGCUAGGCACGAGCGCGAUCCCCAACCGGGAUGUCGUCCCGGCCUGGACCAAGGCUAUGAUACAGUGGGAUCAGAAAUACAUCCCGGAGCAGAUUGAACUCCGUGUCAAGACUAAGGACUUUCAGACCGACACCAUUUGGAUGUACCAUGAAUGCGACAACUCUGCAAACGAGGACCCCAACGAUGACACGUUUUGGGAUGGAUUUCUAGACCCUGACGACAAGGACGUUUAA